AGUGUGGCAGGAAAUGACAGAAAACCUGAAAACGGAACUGAAGCAGCUGCUCAGUUUCUUGCCCCGAAGCGGCAGCGGCUGGAGGGGGAGCCGGGUGUGGACUUGAAGAGCCAGAGCUUCGAGCUCGCACAAACGGUAAUAAAGAUGUGGAAGUCUGUAGUGGGGCACGAUGUAUCUGUUUCCGUGGAGACCCAGGGUGAUGACUGGGACACAGACCCUGACUUUGUGAAUGACAUCUCUGAGAAAGAGCAACGGUGGGGAGCCAAGACCAUCGAGGGCUCUGGACGCACAGAGCACAUCAACAUCCACCAGCUGAGGAGCAAAGUGUCCGAGGAGCAUGACAUUCUCAAGAAGAAAGAGUUGGAGUCGGGGCCUAAAGCAUCCCAUGGCUACGGAGGUCGGUUUGGAGUGGAAAGAGACCGGAUGGACAAGAGUGCUGUGGGCCACGAGUAUGUUGCUGACGUGGAGAAACACUCUUCCCAGACUGAUGCCGCCAGAGGCUUUGGGGGCAAAUAUGGAGUUGAGAGGGACCGGGCAGACAAGUCAGCAGUGGGCUUUGAUUACAAAGGAGAAGUGGAGAAGCAUGCAUCUCAGAAAGAUUACUCCCAUGGCUUUGGUGGCCGCUAUGGGGUGGAGAAGGAUAAACGGGACAAAGCUGCUCUAGGCUAUGACUACAAGGGAGAGACAGAGAAGCAUGAGUCUCAACGAGACUAUGCCAAGGGCUUUGGUGGCCAAUAUGGAAUCCAGAAGGACCGAGUGGAUAAGAGUGCUGUUGGCUUCAAUGAAAUGGAAGCCCCAACCACAGCGUAUAAGAAAACCACACCCAUAGAAGCCGCGUCCAGCGGUGCCCGUGGGCUGAAGGCAAAGUUCGAGUCCAUGGCGGAGGAGAAGAGGAAGCAAGAGGAAGAAGAGAAGACACAGCAGAUGGCCAGGCAGCAACAGGAGCGAAAGGCCGUGGUAAAGAUGAGCCGCGAAGCUCAGCAGCCAUCGCAGCCUGCGGAAGAACCAGCAGUGCCAGCCCCUUUGCCCAAGAAGAUCUCCUCAGAGGUUUGGCCUCCAGCCGAGAGUCACCCACCCCCGGAACCCGAGCCUGUGAGAAGCGGAAGGGAACACCCUGUGCCUUCUCUGCCCAGGAUGCAGACUCCACCGCAGAAUCCCCUGGAGGACAGCGAGGAGCCCCCAGCUCUGCCCCCUAGGACCCCAGAAGGCCUCCAGCUGGUGGAAGAACCGGUGUAUGAAGCAGCGCCUGAGCAGGAGCCUGAGAACGACUAUGAGGAUGUUGGGGAGCUAGAUCGGCAGGAGGAGGAUGCAGAGGGAGACUAUGAGGAUGUCCUGGAGCCUGAGAAUACCCCUUCUCUGUCCUACCAGGCUGGAUCAUCAGCCGGGGCUGGUGGGGCAGGGACCUCUGCGGUAGCCCUGUAUGAUUACCAAGGAGAGGGAAGUGAUGAGCUUUCCUUUGAUCCGGAUGACGUCAUCACUGACAUUGAGAUGGUGGAUGAAGGCUGGUGGCGGGGCCGUUGCCAUGGCCACUUUGGACUCUUUCCUGCAAACUACGUCAAGCUCCUCUAGUGACCAGCCCCAUUGUCUUUUGCUACUCUGAUUCCUCAUGUUCAAAGUGGCGCGGCCUCCCUCUACCCACUCCACAGUACCUGCUGCAAGGACCUAAUGGAACGUCAUGGGCGCCUGAGGUUCAGACAGACCUCCCUCUCUUGCUUCAUUAAGAGCUUUAGGCAGAGCCAGCACGAGGCAGGGGCCUUCCCUCUGUGUCCACUCUUCCCUGGAGUAGCUCACGGAAUCAUCUUGUGGUCCUGCCUCCUUCACCAACACCCCACUCUGCUCUUCCUCCCUCCUGAGUGCUGGUCUAGAGGGAAGCCUAGGCUGCCUGAUUUACCUGGUUGUGCUUUUUGCUUGUUUUUCUUCCCUUAAGAGACAAAUUGGAACUGUCCUUUUGCUUAGUCCUAAAUCUGAAAAUAAAGUGAGAAUAUGGCUUAGCUUUG